AUGGCUACUGUGAAGGACGAAUUCGCUUCUUUUUUGGUGGCGAGAAACAGACUGUUUGGUCAAGAGAAAAACAUAGCGAUAGAGCAUGAAAUUCUGAAGGAGAACCAUGAGAUUCUGAAAAGAGACUACGAAUGUCUUCAGGAAAGAUUUAAGCAUGAAGUGGAAACUUGUGAGAUCAUGAAGAAGUGUCUUCAGGGCAAAGCCGAAGACCCCUAUGAGGAAACUAAUAAACGCUUGUUGGAGGAUUGCGAGAGAGAGAGAAGCGAGAAGGAGAAGUAUAAGAAGAUGUUCGAGGAGAUGAAGGCAAUGGAGAGUGAGAACAAGGCAGUGGAGAGUGAGAGGAAAGCCAUCAUUGAUGAGCUGAUGAUGGAAAAACAGGAGCUUUUGAUGGCGAUGAGAAGACAGGAAGACGAUUUUGAGAUACUGGAGAACAAGUUUGUUGAAUUGGCUGAGAAAUUCGGCGUGGUUGAAAGAGAUUACUCAUACCUGAAAUCACUCUAUGAUGCUGAGGUAGCAGCAGCAGCUUCAGGAGGAGAGACUGAGAAUCUCAUCGGUCAUGGUGGGAACAAUGUCAAAGGUAUAUCAUCAAUACUUAUGUAUGGUAUGUGCCAAAGUGUUCUUGAUUAG